CUAAAAGUUAAUUCAAAAGCGCCAUCUACCAUCGGUUUUUUCUCCAUUUAAAUCAACACGCAGAGCUUAUCAUCGUUUAGCUCCUCCACCUCCGCCUUCGGCGUUGCCGCACCUGUCGUCAUCAUCGGGAAAUAAACAGAGCUUGUCUCUAGGCAAAUGAAGGGCGGAGAUUCAAAGAAGGACAAGGAGGAACAGCAACAAGUGAUGAGCGAGGUCCAUCUGGGAUGUCCACCUGGCAUCUCCGGGCCUCACAUUUCCCGCUUCAUCAUUUCUCUUCCAGCCGGUAUUCCGGAAGUUGAAUCCAGUAGAUUCCAUGAACUGUUCAAAGAGGAGGAAGCUUGUACGGACCAAGAUAUUAGCUUUGAUGAAGAUGGCGAUCUUGUUUUACCAAGACGACGCCGGAAUUCGCGGCGUUGUUUUACUAUGAAAAUCCAGCAUAAUAUCACUUCAUCCAUUCCCAGUGUUGGUUUGCAGGUAUGGAGAGCUGAACUAGUUUUGUCAGAUUUUGUGUUGCAUAAGAUGUGCACUACAACGGAUUUCGAUGGCAUUGUUUCCUUAGAGCUUGGUGCUGGAACAGGUCUGGCAGGCAUGUUGCUCGCGCAUGCUGCUAAGACUGUGUUCUUAACAGACCAUGGUGAUAAAAUCCUGGAAAACUGUGUUAAGAAUGUUCAACUUAAUUCUGGAGUGUUCAAUUGUCAAGCCGCAGUUCAUGUGCGUGAACUUGAUUGGGUGCAGCCCUGGCCUCCUAAAGUUGGCUUAGACCUUGUAUCUCAAGAAAGGUAUUCCUGGAGCUUGUCAGAACUUGAAGAAGUCCAGAAAGCUUCUCUGCUUGUAGCUGCUGAUGUUAUUUACAGUGAUGAUCUGACAGAUGCAUUAUUUGGCAUUUUAGAGAGAUUAAUGUCACAAGGCUCAGAAAAGGUGUUAUACUUGGCACUGGAAAAGCGCUACAACUUCAGUCUUGAAGAUCUUGAUGUUGUAGCAAAUGGUUAUUCACAUUUCAGAAGUUACUUGAGGGAGGAUGACGAAUGUGAAGGCCUUGAACACAGAUCCUUGCCUUGUUUUAUGGGUAGACGUAUUAAUGUUGCAGAAAUUCCACAAUAUGUGGGGGAAUAUGACAGAGGAAAAGAUGCAGAGCUUUGGCAGAUUAGAUACAAUAAAGGAAAGCUAUAACCGUGAGUCUUCUAAAUUUUUUUAUACAAAACUUCGGCUUAUGAAAGUUCUUAUGUUUGAUAAACAAGGCUCUGCUUGAUCUCAUUUUAUGGAAAUGUCAUAAUGUAGCCCAGAGUGCCUUUUGCAAAUGAUUUGUCCUCCAGGUUCUCAGUUCUUUAUUUGGUUUCUAUCAGUUCUUUGAUAUGACGCUUGGUUUGAUAUACUUUCUUAAGGGGUCUGGAGUGAGAUUAAGAACGGAAGGAGCAUUGCAGGCCUUGAGUUAAGCUGUGUUUGGUUGUAUAAAAAUAGGUUUCUUUGUAAUCAAGUAGAAGGAAGAUCUUUGGCUUUUUGCAUUUUCUCUCUUAAAAAUGUAACUUGAAUUCCAUUGCCUUUUUGGUGGCAAAAUAGGACUAGAAAAUAGAAAUGAUAGUUUAGGAACAGAACUGACAAAGUGGAAACCGAGGGAACAUGUCCCAUUGCUGCUAGGCAGGAAAGUUAAUAGGCUCUAAAACAAAGGCAAGGUGAUUAAAAAUGUUUUGUUUUUUUUUGGUCUUGUUCCCCUGAUUGAACAUGUGGAUCAUUGUCAUGUUAUGUAGAGGAUCAGGCUGUUUGCAGCAGGCCCAAUUCCAUGCUCCCGACUCUAGGAAAUGCAGUCCAUGAAUUUUGGGCAAGCCUGAGUAAUUUUAUUUAGUAUUAUGAAAGAUGGGCUCUUGGUUUUUUGUAAUAAAUACUAUUAAAGUCCAUCUACACAUACUUCCUUAUGGUAGCCUAGCAUUUUUUUAAACUAAA